AUGACGGCUGUCGCCUCGGCUGGCUCGGCUGUAUCCCAGGAUCCCGUCUUCUCAACUUCCUGCGCAGGCAAGGCAUACACGUAUAAUGAGCUCGCAGGCUACGGCUUCGUCCCCAGCGAUGCUCGAGACAAGCUGGGAGACUCCAUCAGCCUCGGGUCAUCGAUCGCAAUGGCGUCUUGGUCCAAGAAGGGUUCCAAGUACGAAGGGAGACUGUACGGAUUGCCGGACCGCGGAUGGAACACCCAAGGCACAAUCAACUUCCAACCGCGCGUCCAUGAAUUCCUCGUGACAUUGACACCUGCUCCGGACGCGACCGCUGCCAAUCCGUCGGCCCCAAAUGUCGCCUUUGCAUACCAGGACUCAAUUCUGCUCACCGGCCCCGAUGGCGCGCCCAUGACCGGCCUGGACGCGGACCAGACAGGAGGUCUGCAAUAUCCCGGUUUCCCCCUCCUCCCAGCGGCAACAUACACGGGAGAUGGCUUUGGCGGAGAGGGCCCCGGCGGAAAACGCGUCUCACUCGAUCCGGAAGCGCUGGUUCUCGCCAAAGACGGCGGCUUCUGGAUCAGCGACGAGUACGGCCCGUAUAUUUACAACUUUGACAAGAACGGCAGCAUGACUGCCGCCGUAGCGCCGCCGGAUGCUCCUCUUCCUCUGAGGAACGGCACUGUCAGCUUUUCGUCAAACAACCCCCCGGCCUACGAUCCUACCAGGAAGCCCAUUCCAUCCAACCCGACCCAGGGACGCCAGAAUAACCAGGGAUUCGAAGGAAUGACGGCCAGUCCGGAUGGAAAGACUCUAUGGGUGCUUCUUCAAUCCGCCGCUCGCCAGGAAGGCGGGUCGAGCUCGACAACCCGUCGAUACGCCCGCCUGCUGCGGUACUCGAUCGAGAGCUGCGAGGGGAACGGGCAAGCUGUUGUGUACCAGGGCGAGUACGUCGUGCCGCUGCCCACCUUCAGGGACGCGUCUGGAAAGACUGCGGUUGCUGCGCAGUCCGAAAUGCACUAUGUGUCGGACACGCAGUUCUUCUUCUUGCCAAGAGACUCUGGUAACGGACACGGUCUGGCCAGCUCCGAGUCGAUAUAUAGACAUGUUGACAUCCUUGACAUCUCCAACGCGACAAAUGUCAAGGGACCUGCACACGACGCCUUUAAUGCGUCGAUUGCGAGCGCAGCUGGUGUAUUAAACUCUGAUAUUGCGCCUGCGACAGUCUGUCCUUUCGUCGACUUCAACGUCAAUGCGCAGCUGAAUAGAUUUGGCUUGCAUAACGGCGGUCCCCAGGACGGCGGGCUGUUGAAUGAAAAAUGGGAGGGCAUUGCUCUGGUCCCAACAGAGAACAAAGACGGGCGGCGUGAUGGAGAGGAGUACUUGCUGUUUGCAUCCUCUGACAACGACUUUGUUACUCAAAAUGGUUUUGUCAACUUUGGCAAAAUCCCAUUCGCGGAUAAGUCAGGAUUUGAUUUGGACAACCAGAUGUUGGUUUUCAGAAUCACUCUUCCAAAGGGUGCCAGGCCGCUCGUGGGCUAG